UUUUUUUCUGAAUCCAGGUUGUGAAGAUGGAAGGGGUCCAACCCCCAGACGAGAACGUGGAAAACACACCACGGCGGAGAUUCCAGACCAGGAAGCUAUUGCUGGCGACCUCCAUAAUUCAGGGUCUGGGGCUGCUCCUCUGUCUUACCUACGUCUGCCUGCACUUCCAUGCUUCUCAGCACAGAAAAAUCUAUCCUCCUCUUCAGAGUAUCAUAGCACACUUUACCAGGUGUGACAAUGAGAAAUGUUUCAUCAUCACACCCCCAGGCAAGGAGCAAACCAUGAAGGUGCAAAACAACUCAAUCAUCAUCAACUGCGAUGGCUAUUAUCUCAUCUAUCUGAAGGGCUACUUCUCCCAGGAGCUCAGCCUCAGCCUUCAUUACCGAAAGGACGGGCAACCCCUCCUUUCCCUGAGCAAGGUCACAUAUGUCAACAACAUCACUGUGGCUUAUCUGGGUUACAAGGACAAAGUCUACUUGAAUGUGACCACUCACAAUACCUCCUCAAACGACAUCACGGUGAAUGGUGGGGAAUUGAUUCUCAUUCUUCAAAAUCCUGGUGGAUUCUGUGCCUACUGA